AUGUCUUUCGGAAAGCUGUACGGCUUUUCUGACAAUGCGCGCUCCGUCGUGCUUUUGGCCUUGGCCAAGGAGAACAAACUCGACAUCGAGCUUGUAGACACCCGCACACCUACCAACUCCGCAGACUACAUCAAACUCCACGCCCUCGACCGUGUCCCAACAUACCAGAGCGCCGAUGGCUGGGUUCUGACUGAGAGCAUUGCUAUUGCGAUCUAUUUUGCAUCACAGAACGAGUCGACACGUCUGCUCGGAAAGACCAAGAAAGACUAUGCCAAGAUCGUCCAGUUCAUGUCCUUCAGCAACUCGCACCUCCUGCCUGCCAUUGGCUCGUGGUUCCGCCCUCUCAUCGGCAGAGACCCUUACAACAAGAAGAAUAGCCACUUCCUCGUCAACAGCUUCUUCGUCGGCGAACGCCUCACCCUAGCCGAUCUCUAUGUCGCCUCCCAGAUCUCGCGCGGUUUCCAAUACGUCCUUGACAAGGAGUGGCGCUCUGAGAACCCCAACACCACCCGUUGGUAUGAGACCAUUGUCAACCAGCCGAUCUGGAAGGCCGUUGUCGAGAAGCCAGUAUUCGUUGAGGAGGCCGUCAAGUACACCCCACCAAAGAAGGAGCCCAAGCCGGCGGCUGCUGCUGCUGCACCAAAGGCCGAGAAGCCAAAGGCCGCUCCCAAGCCGGCUGCUGAUGACGAGGAUGACGAGCCAAAGCCAGAGGCGCCUAAGGCCAAGCACCCCAUCGAAGCUCUCGGCAAGCCAACAUUGAUCCUCGAUGACUGGAAGCGCAAAUACUCCAACGAGGAGACUCGAGAGGUUGCCCUGCCUUGGUUCUGGGAGAACUACAAGCCCGAUGAGUACUCGCUCUGGAAGGUCAACUACAAGUACAACGAGGAUCUCACUCUCACCUUCAUGAGCGCCAACUUGGUCGGUGGUUUCUUCGCCCGUCUCGAGGCUUCCCGCAAGUACCUCUUCGGUGCUCUGUCAGUCUACGGCAAGGCCAACGACAGUGUCAUCCAGGGUGCUUUCCUCGUCCGCGGUCAGGAGGCUAUCCCUGCGUUCGACGUCGCUCCGGAUUGGGAGUCAUAUGAGUUCGUCAAGCUUGAUCCAUCCAAGGCUGAGGACAAGAAGCUCGUCGAGGACGAGUGGUCUUGGGAUAAGCCCAUCACUGUUGAUGGCAAGGAGUACGAAUGGGCCGACGGCAAGGUCUUCAAGUAG